AUUCGGAAUCCGAAUGUACUUUGUUGUGUUUUUGCUCGGUUAAUUGUGCCCCCGGGCGGCUUGCGAAAUUCCACGCAUGGCUGCAGUGCGUCUUCUGUGAUCCUCUCAAUAAAUUCUGAACCGAUUGUGCCUCGGCUGUGUGAACACGAAAAAGAUAUUCCGAAGAAGGUAAAAAGGCUUUAUGCGACCGUUCAGCGACACGUCGAGAGCCACAACCCUCUUUCCUAGAAUCCGAACGCGCGGCGAAAACUUCUGACGAGCGACACUUCGCACGAACGGCGCAAUUUCACUUAUGCCGGCAUUCAUCCCAUCCAUGGAAAGUCCGAGGAAACGCGCCCCCUCUUGAACGAUUCGUGGUUGAUUGACUGAUUGGCCUUGAGCCACUCACCCCCCAAUUCACGCCCUGGCCUAACGCAUGCAUCUGAACGGCGAUGAAUAUCACUUUCGGUGGUCGCUGGCACUAGCUAUUCGGGGGUUCCCCCAUUGUCUCGCCAAUGGUCCGAUGUAAUAAGUCUAAUUAGAACCAGGACCACUAUGUAGACACAAAUGAGCUAACUACCGUCUUUCUUUUUUAACGUUUAUAACGGCGACAUAAAUCAUCACAAAACAUCUCCAGGCAAUCUUCUAAGGCCCCAAGUUAUAUUUUACGCAAGGGGUUAAAUAUUAAUCUUACCUGAAUGAAGAAGAAAUCCAUUUUUAGGUUGUAUGGUAAGUGUCAUACAGCCUAUACUUUAGUUACUACCAUGUAGAAUCAACGGUGCUAUUUUAGUCAAUAAGUUUAGUGUAAUGAGCUAAGAGUAAAAAGAUAGAUAGAAAAAAGUAUCAAUAAUAAACCCAAGAGCAAUCAAACUGGAUAUCAUCCUACAACAGAGUGAUUGCACACUACCGACUAGCGGACAAUUAAUCAAGGAUAACACGAGACAAAAACUACUUUUCAAAAGACAAAUUUCACUAAAAGAUGUCUAGAUAUUACAAUCCGGGCAAUUACAAUAGUAACGGUAGCACAACAGCACAACAAAAUCCAACAAAUCAUUACUCAAAUCAACAAAAUCAACAACCACACUACUAUCAACAGCAACAACAUUCGGAACAAGUGUAUCAUCAUCAUCAACAGCAGCAGCAGCAACAGCAAACAUCUUAUAAUAAUAACACACCAAAAUCAACGCAACAGACGCAACAGAAUGUUCGACAGUCGUACAGCGGAAAUGGUGGAGGAGGCGGUGGUAGUGGCGGCACAACAACAAUUCGUAAGCUUUCCUACGACAGUAGCAAUGGCACGAAUAAAACGAUAUCAUACUACACACCACCGCAACCAUCGACGAAAACAAAUAUUUCUAGAUACAACCUGACAUCGGCCGGUUCCGAAGUGAAUACAGGUACUAAAAUGAUUGGUGCAGAACCAACAACGCCACCGCCCAAUUCCAAGGUCAAUUCGCAUCUUUUGGAUCAUGGCUACGGGGCAACACCUCAGCCGCAAUACGUUUCCAGGACACAGCCAACUAAAUCGGAAUCAGCCAUUACAAAAUUUUACAAGGUUAAGCGACAUCUCCCCAUGGCCGACACACCCACAAAGAUGGCCAAACAAUCCUUCACCGCCAAUCAUUCGUCCACAAAAUCAUGUAGUUCAUCGAAAAAACGAUCGCCAGAUGGCAAUCGGGCCGACACUUCGCUAGGCAUCCUUACCAAGAGAUUUGUCGAUCUGCUACAAGAAUCGCAUGAAGGCGUUGUUGACCUCAACAUUGCUUCAAAGCGCUUGGAAGUACAAAAACGUCGUAUCUACGAUAUCACCAAUGUUCUUGAAGGAAUCGGUAUCCUGGAAAAGAAAUCCAAAAACAAUAUACAAUGGAAAUGCGGUCAUUCAUUUGUGAGUGAUGAAAGAUCGCGACAAAUGCAAUUAGAGAGCGAUAGACUCGAACAGAAGGAAAAUGUUUUAGAUGAUUUAAUUGGCCAGAUACGUCAAGCGCUUGGCGGCGGUCAGAUUCACAAUAAUCGGCAUGCGUAUGUGACGCAUCAUGAUUUAAAAAGUAUCGAUAUAUUUAAGGAUGAGAAUGUGAUGGUGAUAAAGGCUCCGCCCGAGGCGAAAUUAGUGUUACCUGACGCACAGUUUCCCCGAGAAAUUCAUCUUAAGGCUGAGAACAAUGGUGAAAUUGGAGUUUUCCUUUGUACGGAUUCCCCUACAAGUCCAGUAUCGUUCUCCAAUGAUCCGCUGUUGAAUGGUGUGAAGCCUAUUACGACGCCUCUAUCGGAAAGUGGCAAACGAAAACAAGGAACAUAUCCCAUCCGUUCGGCACAACGAAACUUAAAUCAAUCCAUUAUGGAUGCCUCUUCAGUGUCUGCCGCGGGCAGUUCUGAAAUCAGUAGUUCUAGUAAAGAUUUAGCGGACGUGGCAGGUUGUAUGAUCUACCAAACAACUACCAAGCCCGUGUUAACACAAAGUCAGGUGGAUCUGUUGGAUAUAAGCAACAGUCGCUUGCAAGAAUACUACGUAAAGCCGGAAACAUCACUACCACCAAGCGAUACGUCACCCUCGCCGCCACCAUCUCUCUCACCAACCGCACCGCCCUAUUCACCAUCCCAAUCAUCCUACUCACUUAAUUCCAGUCAAAUUGUGCAUUCAUCAAUGAACAAUUCUUCCACCCCAUCGUCCAUAGCUCCUGCGUCUUCAAUGCAAAAUACACCGGCCGGGGAUAGUGGCGGCACCCUGAUGAUGACACCACUAAAUUCAUCAGUUUCGUCGCUGUCUAAUACCUUCACCGAAACAGAAGAUAAUAAACCAAGUCCUGCGUCAAGCAAUUCCGACGAUCUCGGCCUUAAGAGUGAUGUGCCAAUGGCCAAUUUCCCGCGUGUAUCGCCAAAUGAGACGAGUGAAGCGGAAACUAAGAAAGGUGUUCGCAAUGCGCUAUUCUCCGAUCUUAGUCCAAGUAAUCUGAAUUACAUGGAGCCAAAUUACUUUGACUUCACGGCGCCCUUCCUGCCUAUCGAGCCCCCCCUGGAAUCCGACUAUAACUUUUCGUUGUGUCAAAGCGAGGGUCUAUCAGAUCUCUUCGACCUGCUUUGAGUUUGUGCUUAACCGCGUCAUCAGCGCCAUCGAAAAAACAACACAUUUACAAUAUAAUUUUUCUUUUAUCAUUCACGACUGGAAUAUUUUUGGGUUAUGUAAUGACUAUUGUAAAGUGCGUUUGAAUCAAAAGCCAAUCUCCCGCGUUUGCUAUCGUUCUUCCUUUUUAUCUAUGCAUCGUAUCAUUCGUCAUUUGCAUGCGUCCCGCCCGGCGUCAUGCUAAAUGUGUAAAAACGAAACUACCCUCAUUUGAUAUGAUAUAUUCCCCAACCAACUUCCAUGUUAGAAACGCGAUUUUAUACUAAAUACGUUACGAGACUUUAGUGGAAGAUGGAAAUAAAAAAAAGAAAUAACUUAAAAAAUUCCUAAACAGAAUAAAACUGAAAAAAAGAGAAAAAGAGAUAUUAUUAAUAUAAAUAUAUAAUUUUAAAUGUAAAUCGUUCAGUUUCGGCUCUUUUUUGUUCCGCACAUGGUUCCCUGUUGCGUUGUUCGUUUCAAGGCGGCGAAGAAGACAAAAAGAAAAACAAAUUUCAUGCAGUGCAUCGUUUAUAGAAAGCUAGGAAAGAACUAAAAGAAAACAGAAUAUGCGAUAGGAAUAUUUAUAUCAUACGUAUUUGUAAUACUUGUACAGAAAUAUCCGAAACCAACUAACACCCCGUUGCAUAUUUAGAAGAACAAAUUUUAAGGCAGACGAAACUCCGCAAGUUCCCCAACAUAUGUAGAUAUCGAUAUAAUAAACUUAAUUAAGCAAAUGAUACUGUCGGACACUGUCUAUUAAAUAGUAGAACAUACAAAAAAUUAUUAUAUUAAAUCUAAGCUAGACUAAACACUAAAAGAACGGAUAAAAACCGACUAGAGCAUCCGGCGGCCGGAUGAAAGUCCCCGUCGACCAGCUAGGAUCAGUUACAGUGUUGAAAAAACCGAAGAGAGAUAAGAUCAGUGGAAAAAAAGGCAAAACAAACCAGAAAAAUUGUUAUUAGUUAAAGAAAAUUUGUGUUAAAAUCUACAAAAAAAA